AUGAGUAGCGUUCCGCGGAUCGUUCUCUCGCCGUCUGUUCCCCGCGUGGACCUUUCCGCAUGCCCGCGGAGGUCGCAGGCGGAACUGGCUGCGCGCGGACUACUGCUUCCGCCUAAACCCGGAACCCUGAACACGGAAGGCGCAGAAACGCGCGCAGCGUCAGGGGGGAGCAAUCAAGCCGCAAACACUGGUGGUGACGUUUGUGCUGAAAAGGUCGAGAAGUUCCAAACCUGCGAACCUGCAACGGUUGGAUCUGGCGUCUCCGAGGAGUCUCGAGUAAAAUCGGACGGUGGAAAGUCUCAGUCGGCUGGAAACAUUGUAGAGGCGACGAGUGUAGCUGUCGGGGAUGGAAAAUCCGCCCCGAGUGAUUGUAACGAGGGGCACUAUGUCGAGGUGGAAUGGAGCGUGGAGGUGGCGCGCGUGGUGCGAGUGAGACGCCUGAGCCGUCGAUUGGUGUUUCUGGAUGUCGAGAUCAUGAGCGCUGGGGAUGAUAUGAACGUUCGCGUUAUGAACGCACGCGGUAUGAAGCACAUGGAACAACAAUCAUUCCAGCAGCAACAGCAGCAGCAACAAGAGGAGAAUCAGCGGCACGAGCGGGAUUCAUUGGCUGCUAGCAUGAAUGACGUCAGCUCCGCCGUAGUCGACGUCAGCGGCACGCUAGAAGUUGCGCUAAAGUAUCCCACAUGUCCGGACGUGCGCGCAAAUGCCCGCCACGCGCACGUGGGUCGGCUCGUGUCCCUCCGCGGCCCUCUGAUAGAUUUGCAACCUGCUAGGGCUCCAAUCAAGGCGGCUAAUAACGAGGAGGCGCAAGUCCCUCCGACUUUCCGCCUGCCCCUUUUCUUCGCAGCGUCAUUAACCCCAUUCCCGGGCGUUGCCGCGACGGGCGGAAGGGCGGAGGGAGAGUGCGCGGAGGAGAGGCACGGGGAGCUUGCGGAGAGCGGGGAGGAGGAUCCGGGAGGCGCAAAUGCUAUCGACGGGGCAAGCGCAGGCGCAGGGGCGGGCACAAACGCAGGCGCAGGCGCGGAAGCCUUGGGCUGGCGCAUAGUGGCGCCUGGGUGGGGCGUUUGGGAGAACCUGCCCGGCGGUGGGGGGAGCGACGGCGCGCGGAAGGGGGAGGGGGAAGCGGAAUGGGCGGGUGAGGUACACGACGGUGGGGGAGGAGCGGAAGGCGGAAAAGUGAGGGCGGAAGGCGGAAAAAAGGGAGCGGAAGGCGGGAAUUGGGAAGCGGAAGGGGGAAAACGGGGAGCGGAAGAAGGGAAGCACUACCUCAACUCGGGGCACUGCUCCGCCGCCCCCUUCUGCGCGCGCGCGCACCCUCCCCCCGCGCUGCUCCCCCUGCUGCGCCUGCACUGGAUCGCGCACAGGCAGCACCGGCGCCGCCACUGCUGCAGCCAGGGGGAGGGGGAUCCGCACAGCGUGGAGGGGAAGCGGGGGAAGCAGGUGCGCGCGGAGCUGUUUGCUGCGUGGCUGGUGGGGACGUUCGGACGGGGGAGACUCAUGGGGGAAGGCGGGGGGGCGACGGGGGGAAGCUGGGAGAGGGAGGAUGAGAGGGAGACGGGAGACGGAGUGGAGGGAGAGGGCAGCGGGGAGAUGGGGGACGGCAGGAAGGGAGGGGGCGGCAGGCAAGGAAGGGGCGGUGGGAAGGGAGGGAGCGGUGGGAAGGGGGUUUUAGACGUGGCAGGAGGGAGAGGGGCGUUGGCGUUUGCAUUGGAGCAGAGGCAUGGGGUGCGGGCGACUGUGGUUGACCCGCGGGGAGUGCGGCUAAACAAGAAGCAGGUAAGGGAGCUGAUGGGCGUUGAUAGGCGGUGCAUAUUGCUGGAUGCUUUGUUACCAGGGUACAUGGCCAUGCUGUAG